GCACGCCGCCUGUUCCAUGGCGGGCCCGCGCCCUGCGGACUCUCUGUCCCAUGGAGCGCUGCGGGGGCCCGGCGCCCGGCCCGCGGACCCGGCAGCUGGCGGCAGGGCGGCUAGUUCAAGUUGCCAUAGCGGCGAGGUUGCUCAUGAGAACAAAGAGGAAUGCUUAACCAUAAAGUAACUUAACCAUAGCUCCAAGAUACUGAUGGCAGAUUCAUCCAGUGAUUCAGACAACUUUCUUAGGGGUCGAAUUGGAAGGCGGCCUUUGAGAGCAUCCCACAACAGAGCUCAGAACUAUGGUGCUGAAGAAGUUAAAGAGAAAAUCCAUACUUUAGCAAGCACUUUGCAGGAUACCAACAGAAAUCUAAGACAUGUCGACCAUUUGCUAGGACAAUACAGAGAAUACAACAAGGAACAAACCAAAGCAAUAACAACUUUAAAAGAAACAUUGGAGCAAUCUAUAGGUCAAUUAAGGAGUCAGCGACUAACACGAAACUCUGUAAUGAGAAGUGCAUCUCUCUCAAGCCUGUGUCCCAGUGACCUGGAUGGAGAAGGAACAUCAGGCAAUCGCCACUUCCUGCCCACUUCUCCUCUCAGGGAUUAUGGAGACUCACGGGGCAAUAAACAUCGAAGGUCUAGAUCUGCAAAUGUUCGAUUUGUCCAUGAGGCAGAUAAUGUGGACCAGCUGCAUUCUUUCCACCAGUCUCUUCGAGAUCUCAGCAGUGAACAGCUUCGCCUGGGAGAUGACAUCAGUCGUGAGCUUUCGAGAAGAAAUCGGACUGAUGCUGAAUUAAGAAAGACUCUAGAAGAAUUGUCUGAAAAGGUCACUGAGUCCCAAAGACAAGAAACGGUAUCAGAACGGGUGGAGAGAAGACUUCAGGAGAUAGAAGAAGAAAUGCGUGCUGAACGACAGCUUGUAGAAAGGCGCCAGGAGCAGCUGGGACACGUGUCCCUUCAAUUACAGGAGGUUUUAAAGAAGCAAGAUGCUAAAGCAGAUGAAACAGAAGAACUCAUGAGAAACAAACUUGUGAAAUAUGAAAGCAAAAAGCACCAGCUUGAGCAGGAAUUGGAGCAGUCCCGGAAAAAGUUGAGUGAAUCUGAAGACAGUAGAGAAGCUCUUUUGCAUCAGAUUGAGGAUCUUCGUUCCCAGCUUUCGAGAGCAGAAGAAGAACGUUUAGAAUUGCAGCAUCAAAUUUCAUAUGCUGCUAUGCAUCGCCAGAGCUACCAGGAUGUACAGGAUGAUGACAGGAGAAUUAGAGCAGUAGCUGAAAGAUAUGAGAGAGAGAAGCAAGAUCUAGAGAAACAUAUUUUGGAACUUAAAGCAAAGCUGAGUCAUAAUGCUGUAAUGUCAGAGGUAGAAGAACUGAAGAGAUGUAUAGAGCGUAAGGACAAGGAGAAAGCACAGCUUGUGAUGCAUAUACAGGUGUUAACAUCUGACCUGGAAAAUAGGGAGAAGCAGCAAGAAAAAAUGCUGGACCAGCUGAAGGAGAUACAGAAUUGCUACAAAGCUUGUGAGAAUGAACGUAGACAAAACGAACUCCAGUCUGCUGAGUUAGCUCAACAGGCUGAAGAGAGUACCAAGGAAGCAGAACGAUAUCUCACUGAAUUCAAGCAUUCAGAGGCACUCAGGCUGGAGAUUGAGAAAAAAAGGGAAGAUUUGAAGGUGAGAGCCCAGGAAACCAUCCGCCAAUGGAAAUUGAAGUGUAAGAAACUGGAUCGUGAGAUAGAAAAACAAAAUCAAACUAUCAGUGAAAUGAUGAACAAGAGUAGUCAGGCCCUCAAAGAAAAAGAUGAUCUCAAAAGUCAGCUUCUCUCAGCUAUAAGCCAAAUAGAAAACCUUCGGAAAGAGCUGAAUGAUGUGCUUACAAAGAGAGCCCAGCAGGAAGAACUUCUUCACUGUAAAGAGGUAAAACUGGAUGAAAUGGAGUCACACCAGGUAUCUCUUGAAGAAGAGAUAAAAGAAAUUCAAGGUACUGUCAAGAAAUUGGAGAAUGAGUUGAAAAAGCAAGUUGUUGUACAAAAUCAAGUGCAAGCUGAGAAGGAAAACUUGAAGACAGAACUUGCAACUAUUAACUUAUUUCAUAAAAAAGACCAAGAACGACUCCUAGAAAUGCAAGCAGAUGUAAAAAAUUUAAGCGCCAUACGUGUGGAACUGACAAACAGAAUAGCAGAAGAGGAGAAAGCCAAAAAGGAAUUACUUAAGAGCCUCUCAGACCUCCAGAAACAGCAGGAAUCUAGUCAUGAAGAGAUGAUUUCAGCUAACAGGCAGCUGAAGAUGGAAAGAGAAAUUCACCAACAGGAGUUGACAGAUCUUAGAUCAGAGUUACAAAAUGUGAAAAUCAAACAUGAACAAAAUGUUCAAGAACUCAUGAAACUCCUUAAACAAGAAAAAGAUGAUGCAGAGGCUCAGAUUAGAAUGCUAAAGAUGGAAAUUUUAGAAGAGAAAAACAUAGUCAAGUCUCAGUGUCGACAACUGGAAAAAAUAAAAGUUGAGUGUGAUAAAUUGACGGAAGAAUUAAUCCAAAACAAGGAAGAAAAUGCAAAAUUAAAACGGAAAUGUGAGUUUGUAAAACAAGAACUGGAGAAAAAGGAAAAACAGAUCAGCAAUGAAGAAGAUCAUUUGAGAAAGAUGAGUGAGGCUAGACUGCAGUUUAAAGAUCAGCUUCGUCACUUGGAAAUGGAGCAGCAAUCCGUUCUCUCUAUGAUAGGAAGUGAAAUUGAUGCUGCUUGUGAAAUCUUUUCUCGGGAUUCCACGGAGAAAUUCAAAGCAAUAUCUCUUACACCAACAGUACUGAAGGAUCCUCAUCGCUGGUUAGCAGAAACAAAGACUAAGCUUCAGUGGCUGUGUGAGGAGGUAAAGGAAAGAGAAAGUAAGGAAAAAAAGCUGCGAAGCUACUUGCUGCAAAGCCGGGAACAGCUCAAGCACUUUACACAGAUAAAGGAGACUGAACAUCAGUCUCUCUUUAAACAGAUAAAAACCCAAGAAAAACUUUUGGAAGAAGUUCACAGAGAAAAAAGAGAGCUACUAGAGAAGACACACAGAAAAGAGGAAGAAAUGGGAGCUCUCCAGGAACGUAUUAUGGCCUUAGAAAUGAGUACCCGAGUAGCUUUAAACCACCUGGAGUCUGUGCCUGAGAAACUGAGCCUGUUAGAAGAUUGCAAAGAUACUGAAGAGUCCCGUUGCCGAAAGGAGAUGAUUGAGGAGAGGUAUAUGAAGUAUAAAGAAAUAGUGAGUUCUUUACAGCAACAGCUGGAAGAUUCUAAGCAAAGAGUCAGGCGAGUCAAGGAUGUGAAAAUGAAUGCUGAAAUUUCUGAUAUAGAAGUGGCUACUCAGUCUUCCAGUUGGCGAUCUCAAAACAGCUUUUUGUGCAGCUCACUGCUUUCAAGUUCAGGUUCACUCAUGAAAGGGAUGGUUCCUUUGGAUACAAGUGCCACCAAGGAAGAUUCUACUAAUGUUGCUGUUAGUGAAAUGAAGCCGCAAGCAGAAGGAGGAAAGCAGUAGAAUAUUUUACAAAACCACACCAGUUUUCUCUGUGGUAAAUUCCAUUACACUUUUUUUCUUGUUUUAACAUUAGUAAUUCCAUCUGCUGUAGGAGUGAUGCACCCCUAAUGAUUCAGCAAUUGCCAAACACUCAAAUGAAAGAACACCAAGAGUGAUUCUGAUGAACUCUUGUGAUAAUUUAGGUGACUUGUACACCAAAGGAUUUCUGGGAUUUUGCUGUUGUCUUGUGUUUGCUUCUGCAGUCAUCCUAGACUAAAUUUAUUGUAUUCCUCAAUUACGGUGAAGUGAAAUACCUGUGACAUUAAUCUUUGCUCUGAGCUUAUUUACCCCUAUACAGGAUUUGUUCUGACACUUGCUUUUUUAUUAUGUUUAAUAGCAUUAUUAAUAAUGAAAAAAUCUUCAGCAAUUGCCUAUUAUUAUGAGAGAGAGUAAUUAUAAACUAUUGUACAGACGCACUUGUGAUUUGGGUCAUCAGUUGAAAAAAAUCAUUUAAGGAAGAAGUGACAGAACAAAAAUUUCUCAAAGCAAGUGAAAAUUCACAUCUUGGUUUCAAGUUCAGUAUAUAUGUAUUAUAAGUUGUCUAGAAUUAUUCUUUUGGCCAGAACAGUUUUAUCAGAUGGCCUUGGUUAGGCACUUUAAAUAAUCUGAAUCUCACCCAUCUGUAUCAAGAGUGUUGAAAGGCACUUCCGUGUGGCUGUGAAAAUUUUAAAAGCAGUGUUUAAUGUUCAUUUAUUUAUUCUGUUUUGUUCUCUAUUAGAGAAGAUAUGUCAUAUUGAUUGUGAAAUACUAUGGAAAUACAAUAUUGCACAUUUGUAUUUGUUCAGCUAUCAUUAUUCUAAACAAAUUGGACAAUUUUGCAUUACAGUGGUCUCAGAGAGCAAAUCACAGAAUUAUUUUCUGCUGUCUAAAGAAAUGCAAGUGUUUCUGAUGGUUCUUGUUUUAAUCUCUCAGCUACUUCUGGCUGGAUUACUGCUAGUGUGCCUUAAAAGAUUUGCCAAAACUGUCAGAAUACUGUAGUGCCAUUAACACCAUUCAAACAAUUUUGUUUUGCAGACUUCUGUCCUACUUAGGAGGACUAUUUCUUCUCUGAAACACUGUCAUUUAUUAUCACUGUAGGUGUCUCAGGUAUAAUUCACAGGCCAUGAUGUGCCAUCUGAAAAGAGGACUUUUUUUUUAAUACUCUGAUGAAGUGUUCUGUAGUCCCAGUGAGUGCUCUGGACAGUGCACUUCCUUGACAAUCACCUUGUGUUCAACCUGUUUCAAAGAGAACAAAAUGCUGAGAACAUCAAAAUCAGACACAGAAAUGAGAAAAAGAUUGAGUUUAUUCUCUGUUCGUUUUCCAUGAAAUUAAAUUGCUUAAAAUUGAAAAAAAAAAAUCUGAUUUGGUUAAAAAGUUUUCUUUACCUUUUUUUAUGUGUAUUAUGCUGUGCACAGUAGUGCUGCCAUUGGCUUUUUGCAGAUGUCUGGCACAUCUGCUCAUUCAGAGGGUCAAGAAAACAAAAUAGGCACAUCCUGAUCUCAAUGGCUGUGACAGGGACAAGAAAAAAAUCAACAAAUAAACUUCUGCUCUCUCCAAAGAGCGUGGAUGUAAUGAAGCAGUGUUUAGCCCACGCCACAGCUACUAUAAACUAAACUUUAAGUGGAUCCAACAUUUGUAAUAUUUUUUUUUUUUUUUAGAUCAGAGCAGAGGUGGAAAUAUGGCAUUUAAAAUAUUUUAACUGGUUUGGUCUGCUGAAACUUAAAAAAUUGCGAAAUGAAAUGUCACCAGAUUGCAGACUUUACUUUUAGUACCUACAAAUUAUGGCCAAAACACAGGAAAAUCACUUCAAAAUAUAUUAUGAAGCAGUAAAUCAUGCUCAGAAAACACCUUAUCUGGUAACAAGGUCUGCUGCAUGGAUUGCUGUUGGAUAGAGGCAUACUGUAACAGUUUUACCAAAGUUUUAAUGUUUUGUGGACAUGAAAGUGCCUGUAGGUUAAAAAAUGGGACUUUAAGAGUCUUGGCUGGGAAGUGAUACUAGAAAUAUAAUGUCCUCUCUUUUUCCUAAGGAAUUUGUAAAAAUCUUAACAUUUUAUGCAUUUAUACAUUUUUUUCCUGACUUGUAACUUAAAAAUCUGAAAUAUGUAUUCUUAAAAUGGGAUAACUACUGCUUUAUAUUGUUAGAAAACUAAGGAUAAGCAGUCUGAUCUCCCUUACUGUUACAUCAAGUAUUGAAUUCACUUUUGUACUAUAUAAAACAGAAAUUACUACUGUGUGAAUAAUUCUGACUUUAAGUAAGUUCAGUGCUUAGUAUAUUUGCCUUUGCCAGUGUGACUGAGUUUUCACCAGUUUUAUAUCCUUUUAUAAACUUUUCUAAAAGGGCUGGAAGAACAGAAGAUGUCAAACCACACACUAAAAAAAAUAAAAUAUAAAAAGAAAAAAAAAAGGAAAAUAAAUUUUUUACUGAGUAGACUUAUGGACUCCAAAGCCAGGAAAUUCUUUCUUAAAUUUACCCUCUUGGCAUGGCAGUCUAGAUAGCAUGUAAUAUUUGUCUCUCUCCCACCUCUGAUAGAGGUUCAUAUUACAAAGUGAAUUUUGUUUCCUCUUUACUGAAGGCUAAAGUUCCAUUCAUGACAUUAUGUGAAAAUGUCGCUUUGUGGUUUAAGAAAUAAUAUUUUUUCCAUAUUGAUCUGAAAUAAUACUCUUCUCCACAGUUUCAGUUUUUAAAGUAGAAAAGCAGAUAAUUUUAAAAUAAAACCCUUUGUAUAUUUCACGUCUUAAAAAUUGCUGUCCCUUUUGGUAGCCAGAUUUUUUUAUACUUUAACCCUUUAAUAACCUAUUACUCAAUUCUUACCCAAAGCAGUGGUUUUCACUAAUCAAAAAUGUGGUAUCACACACACAAAAAAUGAUGAUUUAAAUCUUUGUUCUGUUUAGCAUUUGGUGAAUCAAGCAAUUUUUUAUGUAUGUACUAAGUACAUAGAGAUUUUAUAAGCUAGUAUCAGGCAUUCUUUUUUUUAAUGCUGUACUAAAAUACAGCAGUGCUUCAAUACAGUACUUCAAUAUUGUGCUUUCAGAAAUGCAUUGGCCCUCUAUUUUAGCAUCAAAUAGUUGUCACAUGAAUAAGCUAUAAAUUUUAUGCCCUUCAGUUCCUAAUGUUUUACAGCAGACUUAAGAGUACUUAAUUACUUCUGAGAUUAUAUUUACUAAAUAGACAAAAUAAUAUAUUUUUAUUAUGUAAUUAUGUCAUCCUAAGAAUAAAUGUCAAAAUAAAGAUAAAAAUUAAAAUUUUGCAGUGCAAAAUAAAUCAAAUUUAUUACAAUUACUUCUCAAAUUUUUGGUGGGAGCCAGUCAUCAAUGAUGGUGAAAGUACUCCUUGGAUAUUCAGAGCUCAGCCACAUUUUUACUAUUAUAGCAAAUUAAAUAAAGUAAAUACAUGAAAAACCCAUACAACAAAGAAACUGCUAUUCUAAAAUCCAUUUCUGAGCUAAGGAAUCUACAUAUCAGUUCAUCCCUGGCUUGCAAGGCAUAGUCUCUGCACUGGGUAGCACUGAAUGAAAAUACCAGUAUUACUCUGAAAGGAAAUCAAUAGGUGUUUUUGUAACACUGAUAUAAUUUUUAUGGCUCAAAAUGAGAAGUCUGCAACCUGGAUGUGUUCUCAUAUCUAUAACAUGGAGAAAAGUUUUUAAAUUUCUGUGGCAGUGCUUCUUACAGUGGAAUUUUACAGUACCUACAUUAAACUCCUUGUGUCUGCAGUGUGUUGUAAUAAAUUUAUCUCUCUCCAAGUCCUUGUCACCCCACACAAGUAAUUGAUACUGAAGUUAAUCUGAACUGCAGGUCAAUAUCAGAUGACACAGCCUUGUCAAAAAAUGAAUGUGCAGGAGGACAUCACAUAAAGUCCUAUGAUUUUGAUGUAAUUGUAGAAUUUAGAAGCAGUUGUAGAGGAAAAAUAACAGUAGAAGGGAUGGAAAGCAAUUCAUGAUUAAAUUAAAAUUUCAGAACACUUUUAUUUUUUAUGGCUUAGCUUUAAAACUGCCUUAUAGCUAGUAUUUACAUCUGAAUGAAAGCAAUCCCCAAAUAAAAUUCCAUCUUGGAUAUUUUUUUUUUUCAUUCUUAAGUAGCAAGUACUAGCACAACUCAACUCUUUACCUUAAGUAUGUCUAGCCUGCUGUGAAUAUGAACUUACUUGCUUUUCUAUGUAAAUAACUAAAUUAGAUUUUAAAACUGAAGAAUAUUUUAGUGCUCUGUACAAGAGUACAACACAGCAGAAUCCAAUGCCCAAGUCAUUCAAAAAUCUGCAAUGCUUCAGGGAAUGUUAACAGCAAAAAUGAAGGAGAUUUCUGUGGUUAAAAUCCAGCAACAUCCAACAUUUAUCAUUUGUUCUAACAACAAAGCUCUCCUGCUUCUAAAGCUGAAGUUGCACAUCUAUCAUUUCUCUGGCUGAAAUAAUGAGAUUUUUUUUACUCUUCUCCUAAUAAUGACAAAAUCUGUAGUGUGAGAAUAUGCAGUGAUGAUAUUUUUAAAUUCCUAGUUGUUUUGUUUAGGAAUCUACCAGGUGCUAUUUGGAACUAAAUAUUUUUGGAACAUGGUUGUUAACAUGUUUUUGUUAAAUUAUUACAUUACAAACAAGAACUGAAUAGACUUAUCUCUUUUAGGAUAAUUUUGCUGGCUUGUUUUUAGGGACAUGGCUCCUUUGAUAGGUGUUUUGUUUGAGUAAGUCCAGCAGUUGUUCUUGAGUAGUCUGUUAUUUUCAUCUCUCUUCAGACCAGAGUUGUUUUGAUCUUAGACUGCUUUUCUCAUCUACCAUCUACAGUGCACUAGUGUGUUAGAAGACAUACCACCAUUUCUUCACCUACCCUCUAUCAAUAAUUUGGUAUUUUAUGUUCCCAUGGAAUUACAUUAGUGUUGAUGGUGGUUGUUUCUUUUAAGCUUUUCUCAUAUGAACUCUUAUCAUUUGCUAAAAUAAAAACUGCUUAUAAAAUGGACUAACAUCAGGUCACAUGCUGUCUAAUUUUAAAGAUUAUUGCACAGGCCAAAGUUAAUAUCUCUUACUACAUUUGUCUAGAUUUUCUGAUUGCCAGCAUUGAUUCUACUAUCAGUUUAUAGAAGGAAAUGGUAAAGGAUAGACUUUGCUGCAAUAACCCUGAGAUAUUAUUGAUUCAAAGCAAAAAAUGAGACUACAACAAAUUUAGGACAUCUGUCUAAGUGCUUAGUCUAGAACCUACAAUACUCAUAUUACAAAGUAUAUUUCUCCAGUGUGUUAAUAUCAAAUCAUCUUCCUUAUAAACAGUUGCUGACAUCUAAAAUAUUUUUGAAAAGUGAUACUAAAUUUGCUAAAGAUGAUCAAAAGGAUUUCUGUUUCACUCACAUUGUUAAACAAGCAUGGAACUGGGAAACAGCCCAAUUUGUGUUUCUGGUAUGAGGCUUUUCA